UUUUGACCCCGCCACUUUUUUUCCGUGACUGGUCUAUCGCAUCGAAAGCUUUGCAUCGGCCAAGUAGGCACCUCGUGCUUUGACGAGAGCAGUCUGACUUCGGUUCUCUUUUACUGCAUGCGUUAGGUCUUGAGGGCAACCCUAGAAAUGCCUCCAAAGGCUCGCACCGCCGCGCCCAAGGCUCAAACAAAAAAGGCACCAGCUGUGACGAGCACAACACCAGCGACUUCCGAUGUGAAUCCGCAAUCACAGGCGCCUGCUGAUGGGGAGAUGACCACUCAUGAUGCCGCGCCUAUGCAACCACCGGCUAGGAAGAGGCGGCAUUCCCACUCGACUGACCCUUCUGACACGUUACUUGAACCUUUCUACUACGGCAAAGGAUUGACCGAUCCCAUCAACACCGCAAGGGACAAAUGGAAUCUUCUGCCAGCCUUUCUUAAAGUCAAGGGUUUGGUGAAACAGCAUAUCGACUCCUACAACUUCUUUGUCGACACUGAGCUGAAAACCAUUCUCCGUGCAAACGCUACAGUGCACAGUGAUGUUGAUCCUAACAUGUUCAUCAGAUACACUGACAUCCGCAUCGGCAAGCCAGAACGUGUCGAAGACCGCCACAACACGGUGCCCGGUCUUUCAGGUCCUGGAAUCACGCCCAACGAAUGUCGUCUACGUGACUUGACAUACUCGGCUCCAAUCUACGUCAACUUCGAAUCCAGAUCGCAGAGUGGUCUGAAAAUGGAACGCAACGUCUACAUCGGCAGAAUGCCCGUCAUGCUUAGGAGUAAUAAGUGUGUCUUGUCUGGCCGCUCGGAGAAGGAAAUGGGCUUACUCAACGAGUGCGCCGUCGAUCCUGGCGGUUACUUUGUGGUUCGCGGUCAGGAAAAGGUCAUCCUGGUCCAGGAACAACUCAGCAAGAACCGUGUCAUUGUGGAAAUGUUCAAGGGAAUCAUCCAAGCCUCAGUCACCAGUCAUACCGCCAACGUCAAGACCAAGACUUACGUUCUUCUCAAGAAGGGGCUGAUUGUUCUCAAGCACAACUCUCUCACCGAGGAUAUUCCAGUUGCCAUCGCUCUCCGGGCUAUGGGUGUUCAGUCAGACCACGAAAUAAUGCUUCUCGUUGCUGGUGACGAUGCUGUGUAUCAGGAUGGAUUCUCUGUCAACCUCGAAGAAGCCGCGCGCUCGGGAGUGUCGACUCAAGAACAAGCUCUUGAGUAUGUUGGUGCACGCUUGCGUCCUGAAAGAUUUGGUCAGUUUGGAGUACCGAAGAAGACGAACAAGCAGAACGCCGUGGAGAAGCUUUCCAACACAAUCAUUCCUCAUGUUGGCGUGACGGCCAUGAACUUCCGACCAAAGGCUCUAUACAUUGCAUUCAUGGUCCGCAGAGUGCUCAUGUGUAUGCAUGACCCGAAAUUGAUUGACGAUCGAGACUACCUUGGUAACAAGCGUCUGGAAUUGUCAGGCUCGAUGAUGGCUCUGUUGUUCGAGGAUUUGUUCAAGGACUUCAACAAGUUGAUCAAGCAAAGUUGGGAUAAGGUGUUGAGGAAGCCGAACAGAACUCGUGCCUUCAACCCAGCCGACUACAUCACCAUGCACGAAUCUCGCAUCACACAGGGUCUGGAACGUGCCAUCUCGACUGGCAACUGGACGUUGAAGCGUUUCCGCAUGGACAGAGCUGGUGUAACUCACGUACUGAGUCGUCUGAGUUUCAUCGCCGCUCUCGGUAUGAUGACCAGAAUCUCGUCUCAGUUCGAAAAGACAAGAAAGGUUUCUGGUCCUCGUGCGCUCCAGCCGUCGCAGUUUGGUAUGCUUUGCACUUCAGAUACCCCUGAAGGUGAGGCUUGUGGUCUGGUCAAGAACUUGGCGCUGAUGACACACAUUACAACCAUGGACGAAGAAGAUCCUGUCCGAAAGAUGAUCUUUGUGCUCGGUGCUGAGGAUGUCACAUCCGCCAGUGGCACGGAGCUUUACGCCGAUGGCGCAUACAUCAUCUUCCUCAACGGUACACCUGUGGCCCUGACUCGCGAGCCCAAACGAUUCUUGAUCGCUUUCCGCAGGUUCCGUCGCAUGGGAAGAAUCUCGGAAUUUGUCAGUAUCUACAUCAACCACCACCACAACGGUGUACACAUUGCAACCGAUGAAGGUCGUAUCGUGCGCCCACUCAUCAUCGUGGAGAAGGGAAAGUCCAAGGUCACAACUCGUUACCUCGAAUCACUCCGCAAGGGCACGCUUGAGUUCGACGACUUCCUGUCUCGUGGACUGGUAGAGUACCUCGAUGUUAACGAAGAGAACGACUGUAACAUCGCAGUUUACGAGCACGACAUCAACCAACAUACUACACAUCUCGAAAUUGAGCCCUUCACCAUCCUAGGUGCUGUCGCUGGUCUCAUUCCUUAUCCUCAUCACAACCAAUCUCCUCGUAACACCUACCAAUGCGCUAUGGGUAAACAAGCCAUUGGAGCUAUUGCCUACAACCAGCUCACACGUAUCGAUACACUGCUAUAUCUCAUGGUAUACCCGCAAAAGCCCAUGGUCAAGAGCAGGACGAUCGAGCUUAUUAAAUACGACAAACUUCCUGCCGGUCAAAACGCCAUGGUUGCUGUCAUGUCAUACUCUGGUUACGAUAUUGAGGAUGCUCUGGUGCUCAACAAAGCCUCUUGUGACCGCGGCUUCGGACGCUGUCAAGUGUUCAAGAAGGUCAGCAUGCCACUCAAGCAAUACCAAAACGGUCAGACUGAUCGCAUUGGUGACCGUGACCCUUCCAACCCACGUCACAAGAAGAUUGGCAACGAUGGUCUUGUCGAAGUAGGCGCCGAGAUGGAAUCUGGAGAAUGCUAUAUGCUCAAGGAAACACCAGUCAACCAAGGUAUGAACACACAAAACGCCGGCUGGGCACCUCAACACAUGUCCUACAAACUCCCCGACCCAGCCUAUGCCGACAAGGUCAUGAUCAGCGCCAACGAAUCAAACACCCCUAUCAUCAAGAUUCAAACACGUCAAACCCGUCGUCCAGAAAUCGGAGACAAGUUCUCCUCUCGCCACGGACAGAAGGGUGUCACUGGUCUUCUGGCAGAACAGACAGACAUGCCCUUUAACGAUAUGGGAAUCUGUCCGGACAUCAUCAUGAACCCUCACGGUUUUCCUAGUCGUAUGACCGUAGGCAAAAUGCUUGAGCUCCUCUCCGGAAAAGCCGGCAUCCUUCGCGGAGGCCACGAAUACGGUACCGCCUUUGGUGGCAGCAAAGUAGAAGAUAUGGGCGACAUUCUCAUCUCCCACGGUUUCAGCUACUCGGGUAAAGAUCACUUGACCUCUGGCAUCACUGGAGAAUCACUCCCUGCAUACGUCUUCAUGGGUCCUAUCUACUACCAAAAGCUGAAGCACAUGGUUCAAGACAAAAUGCACUCUCGUGCCACCGGUCCCCGCGCCAUCCUCACCCGUCAACCCACCGAAGGUCGUUCACGCCAAGGUGGUCUCCGUCUGGGAGAAAUGGAAAGAGAUUGUCUCAUCGCCUACGGAGCUUCCCAGCUUCUUUUGGAAAGACUCAUGCUUUCCUCUGAUGCGCAUGAAGUCGACGUUUGCGAGACUUGCGGUAUGAUGGGAUACCAGAAUUGGUGUCAGAGUUGCGAGUCCAGCAGAGGUGUUGUGAGGAUGACUUUGCCGUAUGCUGCUAAAUUGCUUAUUCAGGAGUUGUUGAGUAUGAAUGUCAAGGCUGCGUUGAAGUUGACGGAUGAGUUCCCUAGAGAUGAGUAGAGGAGAGGAGAAGUCAUGGAAAGAGUCAGAAAAGAAGGCUGUAAAAGCAAGA